AUGGAUUUGGAGGAAGAAUACUACGGGCAGGAGUAUACCGAGCCGGAAUACAACGAGCAGGAGUACGAUGAUGAGGACGAGGAGGAGAUCACGCAGGAGGACGCGUGGGCCGUCAUCAGCGCGUACUUCGAGGAGAAGGGUUUGGUCCGCCAGCAGCUCGAUUCGUUCGACGAGUUCAUACAGAACACGAUGCAGGAGAUUGUGGAUGAGUCGGCCGACAUCGAGAUCCGGCCCGAGUCGCAGCACAAUCCGGGACACCAGCCGGACUUUGCCGAGACUAUUUAUAAGAUUAGUUUUGGUCAGAUAUAUCUUAGUAAACCAAUGAUGACAGAGUCUGAUGGAGAGACUGCAACAUUGUUUCCUAAGGCUGCAAGGCUAAGAAAUUUGACAUAUUCAGCCCCGUUGUAUGUGGAUGUGACAAAAAGAGUCAUCAGGAAAGGUCACGAUGGUGAGGAAGUUACUGAGACUCAGGAUUUCACAAAAGUUUUCAUCGGGAAGGUUCCCAUAAUGUUGCGGUCGAGUUACUGCACGCUGUAUCAAAAUUCUGAAAAAGAUUUGACAGAGCUUGGAGAGUGUCCGUAUGACCAGGGUGGUUAUUUCAUCAUCAAUGGAAGUGAAAAGGUUUUAAUUGCUCAGGAGAAGAUGAGUACCAAUCACGUCUAUGUAUUUAAAAAAAGACAACCCAACAAGUAUGCUUAUGUGGCUGAAGUUCGGUCCAUGGCGGAGACCCAAAAUAGGCCACCUAGUACAAUGUUUGUACGGAUGCUUUCUCGAACUAGCGCCAAAGGGGGUUCAUCGGGCCAGUAUAUCCGUGCGACACUUCCUUAUAUCCGUACUGAGAUCCCCAUCAUUGUUGUGUUUCGAGCAUUAGGAUUCAUUGCUGACAAAGAUAUAUUAGAACAUAUUUGCUACAAUUUCCAAGAUACUCAAAUGAUGGAGCUGCUGAGGCCAUCCUUGGAAGAAGCAUUUGUGAUACAGAAUCAGCAGGUUGCUUUGGACUACAUUGGAAAAAGAGGAGCCACCGUUGGUGUUACUCGAGAGAAAAGAAUCAAGUAUGCUAAAGAGAUUCUUCAAAAAGAAAUGCUUCCUCAUGUUGGCGUCGGGGAACAUUGUGAGACCAAGAAAGGUUAUUAUUUUGGGUACAUCAUCCACCGGCUUCUGUUGUGUGCACUUGGCCGAAGAGCAGAGGAUGAUAGAGACCACUAUGGGAAUAAAAGACUAGAUCUUGCUGGUCCUUUGCUCGGGGGCCUGUUUCGAAUGCUUUUCAGAAAGUUGACCAGGGAUGUAAGGUCUUAUGUUCAGAAGUGUGUAGAUAAUGGCAAGGAUGUGAAUCUGCAAUUUGCUAUAAAAGCCAAAACGAUUACCAGUGGUCUAAAAUACUCACUUGCUACUGGGAACUGGGGCCAAGCAAAUGCCGCGGGUACUAGGGCUGGAGUUUCCCAGGUGUUAAAUCGCUUGACUUAUGCUUCUACCUUGUCACAUUUGCGAAGACUCAAUUCUCCAAUUGGUCGUGAAGGUAAACUGGCUAAACCAAGGCAGCUACACAAUUCACAGUGGGGGAUGAUGUGUCCUGCAGAAACACCUGAAGGACAGGCAUGUGGGUUGGUAAAGAACCUUGCAUUGAUGGUCUACAUUACAGUUGGUUCAGCAGCAUAUCCGAUUUUGGAAUUCUUGGAGGAAUGGGGCACUGAGAACUUUGAGGAAAUUUCUCCUGCUGUGAUCCCUCAAGCGACAAAGAUCUUUGUAAACGGUUGUUGGGUUGGUAUCCAUCGCAAUCCUGAUAUGCUGGUUUCAACUUUAAGACGUUUGAGGAGACGUGUUGAUGUCAAUACUGAGGUUGGGGUGGUUCGAGACAUUCGUUUGAAAGAACUUCGGAUAUAUACUGAUUAUGGCCGCUGUAGUCGUCCUUUAUUUAUUGUGGAGAAGCAAAGACUCCUAAUAAAAAAGAAGGAUAUUCAAGCCUUGCAACAAAGAGAAUCUGAUGAUGGUGGCUGGCAUGACUUGGUUGCAAAAGGAUUUAUCGAGUACAUUGAUACAGAAGAAGAGGAAACUACUAUGAUUUCCAUGACUAUAAAUGAUCUUGUAAGCGCCAGGCUAAAUCCAAGCGAUGCAUACUCAGACACCUAUACGCACUGUGAAAUUCACCCGUCCUUAAUACUGGGUGUCUGUGCUUCUAUCAUUCCAUUCCCAGAUCACAACCAGUCCCCACGUAACACCUACCAAUCAGCUAUGGGCAAGCAAGCCAUGGGCAUUUAUGUCACCAACUACCAAUUCCGAAUGGACACUUUAGCCUACGUGCUGUACUACCCCCAGAAGCCUCUCGUCACCACAAGAGCCAUGGAGCAUCUCCACUUCCGGCAGCUUCCGGCAGGCAUCAACGCCAUUGUGGCCAUCGCCUGCUACUCGGGUUACAACCAAGAAGACUCGGUCAUCAUGAACCAGUCCUCUAUCGACCGUGGCUUCUUCCGCUCCCUCUUCUUCCGCUCCUACCGAGACGAAGAGAAGAAAAUGGGCACUCUCGUCAAGGAAGAUUUCGGCAAACCGGACCGCGGUAAUACCAUGGGCAUGCGCCAUGGCUCGUACGACAAACUCGACGACGACGGCCUCGCCCCUCCCGGAACCCGAGUCUCCGGCGAGGACGUCAUAAUCGGCAAAACUACUCCUAUAACUCCCGACGAUGCUCAGGCCUCCGGCCAGCCGGCCGCCGCUGCCCGCUACACCAAGAAAGACCACAGCACGAGCCUCCGCCACAGUGAAACUGGUAUAGUCGAUCAGGUUCUCCUCACUACAAACGCCGAUGGCUUACGGUUCGUAAAGGUUCGGGUGAGAUCUGUCCGUAUACCCCAAAUUGGCGAUAAAUUCAGUAGUCGACACGGUCAGAAGGGUACAGUUGGCAUGACGUACACUCAAGAAGACAUGCCGUGGACUCUCGAAGGAAUUUGUCCCGAUAUUAUCGUUAACCCACACGCUAUUCCUUCUCGAAUGACGAUCGGCCAGCUCAUCGAGUGCGUCAUGGGAAAAGUCGCGGCACAUAUGGGAAAAGAAGGUGACGCCACGCCUUUUACUGACGUCACUGUGGAUAAUAUCAGUCGGGCACUUCAUAAGUGCGGGUAUCAAAUGCGGGGCUACGAGACUAUGUACAAUGGGCAUACGGGCCGGCGCCUCUCGUCGAUGAUAUUCCUCGGGCCCACAUAUUACCAGAGGCUGAAGCAUAUGGUGGACGAUAAGAUCCACUCGAGGGGUCGUGGGCCGGUCCAGAUUCUGACGAGGCAGCCGGCCGAGGGAAGGUCCCGUGACGGUGGGCUUCGGUUUGGGGAGAUGGAGCGUGACUGUAUGAUUGCUCAUGGGGCAGCCCAUUUUCUGAAGGAGAGGUUGUUUGAUCAGAGUGACGCGUAUAGGAUUCAUGUGUGCGAGAAGUGCGGGUUGAUUGCGAUUGCGAAUUUGAAGAAGAAUUCGUUCGAGUGCAGGGGGUGUAAGAAUAAGACCGAUAUUGUUCAGGUUUAUAUUCCGUAUGCUUGUAAGCUGCUUUUCCAGGAGCUGAUGGCCAUGGCUAUAGCUCCGAGAAUGCUGACGAAGGAUAUUAAACAAUCCAAGGAGCAAAAGAGGAAGGGCGCUUGA